AGAAGAACAAUAUGUUUUUGAGGUUGGUAAUUUAAAUUUAAACAUCAUUGAAUUUGUAAAUUUCUUCAAAUAUCGUUCGUCGUUCUCUCAGAUCUUCGGAUUUUCAGAAUUGGGCCCCUCCGUGGUCUGUGCCCUCCAUAGACUUCAUAAAAUCUCAAAUAUUUCGUCACGUCAGUUAUAUUGAAAUUUCCAUUAAUGUCAAUAAUUAUGGAAGAUACAGUAACUAAUGAAAUUCCUGAUGUAAAAUCAAAAAGUGAUAGUAGGUUAGGUGCUUGUGAAGUAUGUGCAACUAGAAAUGCAAAAUACACUUGCCCCAGAUGUGAAGUGAAAACAUGUUCACUGAAAUGUAGUAAAAUUCACAAAUUGGAGCUAGAAUGCAAUGGACUUCGAGAUCGAACAAAAUACAUUCCUUUAAAAAAAUUCACAAACCUGGAUUUGUCAAGCGAUUAUAGGCUAUUGGAGGAAAUAACAAGAUCAGUUGAAUCAUCAAGAAAAACCUUUGGAAGAAAUAGAUGGAAAGAUUUACCACCUGCAUUGUUCAAACUUCGAAAUGCUGCUAGAACAAGAAGAAUCAAUUUGAAGUUUCUGCCUUUCAAGUUUGCCAGACGAAAAAAUAAUUCUACAGCGUAUUUCCACAAGCAAGAUUCAAUAUAUUGGCAUAUUGAAUGGAUAUUUGUUAAUGCAGACAUGUUGAAAGUGACAGAUGUCAAAGUAUGUGAAACUGAAAAACUUGCCACCAUAUUAAGCAAGCAUUUGACUGUGGAAAAUGAAACUUUUGGCGAAAAACUUCAUUAUUAUCAAGCCGUUGGGAUACCGGGGGUCAAACUAUUUUUGAAGGCAGAAGAAAAAGGCACUAACAAGUUUUAUGAGCUAGAUAUGACAUUGUCUCUAAGUGAAAAUUUAGAAAAGAAACUUAUUAUCGAACACCCUGUAAUUCAUGUUUUGUUGAAGGAUCAGGACUGUGGGUACAACGUGAUAGACUCAGAUGAUGAAGAGGAACACACGAAAGCCGACGGGAAACUGAAGUCUGGAAAAGAAGUGGUGGAUAGUAUCGUUAGCAAAGCGGAAUCUAAUGAAAAUUUAUAUAAAACAUCGAAAAAUUUUCUUUUCACAUCAGAGUAUUCAGAUGACGAAAUUGAUUCAGAAUGAGCAAAACUGAAUCAAAUAGCAAGGUUUUUAUGGGGGAAGCCAGAAAAAAAUGUAUCAUCAUAUGAACUCACACAUAUACAAGUGAGGUAUAGUGAUGAAAAUAUAUGAAAAAUAUUUGAAAAAAAAAACAGUGUUCCAGUCAUAUCCAAUACUGAAUUUCACAAAUGUAGAAUAUUUACCUAAACAAGGUAUAACUUAAGUAUAAUUGAGUAUCUGGAAUUUCAAAAUGACUAGGAUUGUUGGAAAUAUUUUUAGGUAAUAAUAUUUAGGGCUACAGCUUUAUGAAUAUGUUUAUUAUAUUAAUGUGGAUUUUGUACAAGAAUUGAAUAUUUUUAUUUGUUGAAUUAUA